UUCCAAAAAUGUGAAGAAGAGCUUUCUUUAUUAGAGAAUCGAUUCUCGGAUUUUGAGAGAUCGGUUGGAGAGAUGGAGAGGCAGUAUGAUGUAAUGGGGAAACGUAUUCAAAAUCGAGAAAAUCGAUUGAAUUGGCUUGAGAAAACCGUGGAAGAGAAGUUGAAAUUGGUUGAGUUUAGGAAGAAGGAACUGAAAGUCAUUCGUGCACAGCUGGACAAGUGCUCCCAGAAGAUUGAGUUGAAAGAGAGGCAAUUCAAUGAGAUUCUGGGGUCAAUUGAGGAGCAGCAGGAAGAAUUUUCUUUUAAAGAAAAGCAAAAUAAAGGGGCACAAAGAUCAGUUGAUAACUGUGACAAAGAGAUAAAAUUGAAAGAGGAGAAACUUAGUUUGAUUCAGAAAUUGAUAGUGGACUGCUCUAAUACACUCAAAUCGAGAGGGAAAAGUAUUAGGGCAAUGGAUUUGAAAAUGAAAGAUUUUUGUUUGCAUAAAAAGACAAUGGAGGAGUGGUCCUGUAAACUUGAACUGAGAGAGAAACAGUUUGAGUCAAAAGUUGACGAUCUCAAUAACAGGAUCAAUGAAUGCCUCAAUGAGGUUCAGUUGAAAGAAAAGCAUUUUGAUUCAGUUGAAAAUUUGAUACAAGAAAGCAAAAAGCAUUUGGAUUCGCAAGAAAAGUCAUUACAAGAAUAUUCCAAUGGACUUGAAAUGAAAGAGAGGCAACAUGCGGAAUGGGCCAAAGAAAUUGAAUUGAAACAACAACAAAUUGAUUCAAUUCGGGCGUCCACUGAAGACCACACCCAAAAUCUGGAGUACACCCCUGCCAGUAUUAUCGCAGUCCCUUCUUCCUCAAGUAAUCAAUCCGGCAUGAAAAGGGAUGGUAGAGGCUUGCAGUUGCUCAUGAAUGAGCAUUUGAAGAGAAUUGCCUUAUUGGCUAGCGAAAUGUCUGUUCAUCUGAAAGCAUCAUCAAACCCAGCAGAAUUGGUUUUAGAUGCAAUGGAAGGGUUUUACCCUUCAAAUUUGGAUGCGGACAAAAUGAAGUUUGAUUUUGAUCUGACAGUUAUUAGAAGGAGUUGUGUUCUUCUGUUACAGGAGUUAAAGAGGUUGUCACCACAGAUUAAUCAUCAGGUGAGAGAAGAAGCGAUUAAGUUGGCGGCUGAUUGGAAGGCUAAGAUGACGGUGGCAGCUGAGAAUAGUUUGGAGAUUUCGGGGUUUUUGUGGCUGCUUACGGCAUAUGAAUUGACCUCUACUUAUAAUGCGAGGGAACUUCGAAGUCUUCUUGCUAUAGUUGCUCAAACGGAACAUGCAACUGAACUAUGCCAAACCCUUGACAUCACAGAAAAAGCACCUGCUGGAAACAGAGUUUCUUUCCCUGUAAAAAUUGAGGAACCAGAAUCCUCACCCGUCAGAAAUGUAGCAACUUCUUCUUCUCCAAAUCUUCAACUAGAUGCCAUCACAUAUGAAAGGAAUUUGCAGCAGCGUCUAGAUGAGCAUUUUAGUGAGAAUAAUUCAGUACAGAGCAAAAUGUUUGAUUAUUUACGAGUGUCAAUUGACCCAGGAAGACUUGCUCUGACGACGAUGCAAAAAUCUCUUUCUGAAUACUGGAGAAAAGGAGGUCUCGAAGCAACUGUCAUGAUGAAGAACAUCUCCAUGUUGGAGGAGCUAAUUAUUUGCACAAACAGAUCUCAUGUGAGAAAAGAUGCAGAAGAGCUAGCGGUCAAGUGGAAAGCAAAAAUGGGAGCCAAUACUGAUAAUUCAUUGGAGAUUUUGUGUUUUUUGCAAUUUAUAGCUACAUAUGGAUUGGUUUCUACCUUCGAUGUAGAUGAGACGGUAAAGCUUCUUGGGAUGAUUUCUCAGCAUAAACAGGCUAUAGAAUUACAUCAGACACUUGGUGUUGCAGAUAAGAUCCCUGGUAUAAUUUGGAAUCUUAUUGAAAGGAAGCAACUCAUUGAGGCUAUUAGAUUUAUCUGCACCUUCAACUUAAUUGACAAGUUCCCGCCAGCACCACUCCUCAAAGAAUACAUGGAGGAUGCAUGGCAGUCUUUCUGGACAAUUUGGCUGGCAAAAGAAUCACUUGAUGAAAAGAAUAAGGUUGUAGACAAGCAAAUAGCUGAUCUAAGAGCUGUGAUUCAAUGCAUCAAAGAUUACAACCUCGAGUCUGAAUACGCAUCCAAGGACAUUGAAAUACAAAUUGUUGAGCUUGAAAAGCUAAGGGGUACUUGGAGACAUUCUGGGAGACCCUAUGUCUUUGAACAAGAGCUGGAAAAGAGGAAGGAAAGUAGUAGCAGCACUUCUGACCCCAGAUUUCAACCACCAGAGAAACGUCAAGCCAUAGCAGCUGCUAGACCCUGUGCAUUGCCAACUUUCACCCGUGGCUAUCCGCAGUUAAGUUCGUCAUCUCAGCUGUGGUAUGGACAUUCUGUGCAGUUUGACAUGGCGGCCAACGACCAGGAAGCUGCUGGUGCUAACUUUGGUGCCAUGCAGUUAAGUCUGUCAUCUAGGCUGCAUUCUGGACACCCUGAGCAGUUUGGUAUGGCUGGCGGAGCUAGAAUUCUGCUUGAAAAUGAUGCACACCGUGCACGGUUUCGUGUGGCUGCUAGCGACCAUGAAAUUGGUACUAAUUUUAGUGCCACGCAGAAUGCUGGGUUACUUCACCCUCAUCACUUGUUGCCCAGCCCUCAUAGUUAUCACCCUAAUUGA